GACAUUCCAGGAGAUGUCACCACAGAAAAUCCCAGUACAAAUUCUGAAGGAAACUUGUUGUCACUAAAUUAUAAAGUAGAAGAUGAAGAUAUGCUGCGCACUUCAGGAGAAAAUAUUAAUGUACAUCCAGGACUUCACAGUACAGAUCUGUCAUAUAAUCUUCCUAAUUAUGAAGACCCUUCUCUUGACCAGAAGGAGGGUGAAAUGUUUCACUGUGGUAAAGAGUUCACAAAAAGAUCAAGUCUUUCUACAUACUCAAGAAUUCGCGCUGUGGAGAAGCCAUACUCCUGUUCAGAAUGUGGGAAGUGCUGUACAGAUAAAUCACAUCUUGUUAGACAUAAAAAAAGCCACAUAGGAGAGAUGUUUAAAUGUUCAGAAUAUGGAAAAAGUUUUAAAAUUAAAUCAAAUCUUGCUAUACAUGAGAGAAUUCACACAGGAGAGAACCCAUAUUCAUGUUCAGAAUGUGGAAAAUGUUUUAAAGAUCAAUCAGGUCUUGUUAGACAUAAGAGAAGUCACACAGGAGAGAAGCCAUAUCCAUGUUCAGAAUGUGAGAAAUGUUUUACACAAAAAUCUGAUCUUGUUAGGCAUGAGAGAAGUCACACAGGAGAGAAGCCGUUUUCAUGUUCAGAAUGUGGGAAAUGUUUUAAAGAUCAAUCAGGUCUUGUUAGACAUAAGAGAAGUCACACAGGAGAGAAGCCAUAUUCCUGUUCAGAAUGUGGGAAAUGUUUUACACAAAAAUCAGCUCUUGUUAAGCAUGAGAGAAGUCACACUGGAGAGAAGCCAUAUUUGUGUUUAGAAUGUGGGAAAUGUUUUACACAAAAAACAAAUCUUGUUACACAUCAGAGAUUUCACAUAGGAAAGAAGCCUUAUUCAUGUUCAGAAUGUGGGAAAUGUUUUGCACAAAAAUCAACUCUUGUUAAGCAUGAGAGAAGUCACACAGGAGAGAAACCAUAUUUGUGUUCAGAAUGUGGGAAAUGUUUUACACAGAAAUCAGAACUUGUUACACAUCAGAGAUUUCACACAGGAGAGAAGCCAUAUUCAUGUUCAGAAUGUGGGAAAUGUUUUACAGAUACAUCAGGUCUUGUUAGACAUAAGAGAUGUCACACAGGAGAGAAGCCGUUUUCGUGUUCAGAAUGUGGGAAAUGUUUUACAGAAAAAUCGAAUCUUGUUACACAUCAGAGAUUUCACACAGGAAAGAAGCCAUAUUCAUGUUCAGAAUGUGGGAAAUGUUUUACACAAAAAUCUGAUCUUGUUAAGCAUGAGAGACGUCACACAGGAGAGAAGCCAUAUUUGUGUUCAGAAUGUGGGAAAUGUUUUACACAAAAAACUAAUCUUGUUACACAUCAGAGAUUUCACACAGGAAAGAAGCCUUAUUCAUGCUCAGAAUGUGGGAAAUGUUUUACACAAAAAUCAGAUCUUGUUAAGCAUGAGAGAAGUCACACAGGAAAGAAGCCAUAUUUGUGUUCAGAAUGUGGGAAAUGUUUUAUACAGAAAUCAGAACUUGUUACACAUCAGAGAUUUCACACAGGAGAGAAGCCAUAUUCAUGUUCAGAAUGUGGGAAAUGUUUUACAGAUACAUCAGGUCUUGUUAGACAUAAGAGAAGUCACACAGGAGAGAAGCCGUAUUUGUGUUCAGAAUGUGGGAAAUGUUUUACACAAAAAUCAAAUCUUGUUACACAUCAGAGAUUUCACACAGAAAAGAAGCCUUAUUCAUGUUCAGAAUGUGGGAAAUGUUUUGCACAAAAAACAGAUCUUGUUACACAUCAGAGAAGGCACGCAGGAGCAAAUUUCUAAAAUUAAAUCAGUCAGCAGAUUCCAUUUGGGUACAAAUAAAUUCAAACCAAAGUGACAGUGCUCAGAUUUCCCUAAUAAAUUGUGGAUGACAUUCUAAAGUCUUGUAGGGCUUUAACGUCAAGGCAGCAUUGGCAAUCUUAACCAG